GUGAGAGAGAGAUGAGGGGAAGUGGAACCCGCUCUUUCUAUGUAUUUGUCUCUCGCCUCACGGUUGCGGUAGCAGCAGCCGGAGGAGGAGCAGGCGAGGGAGAACAAAGAAAGGGAAAGGGAAAAAAUAAAAAAAGAAGGCAAGGAAAGGAAGAAAGGGAUAACCAGAGCAGCUUUUUUUUUUUUUUGUUCCUUUUCCUUUGUCCGUUUCUUUCUCUUUCUCAAUCGACGACGGACGGAGAGUAGAGUAGAGUAGAGGAGAGGAGAGGAGAGGAGAGGAAAGAGAGGAAGACUCGCCCGCCCUGCUCGUCGUCGCGUCUCAUUCCAAAACCCAGAAAGGAAGAAGAGGAGAAGGAACGAAGAAAAAAGAAAGAAGGAGAUCGAAACUUUAUCCAACCACUCGAUCGGGUUUUCUCUCUCCUUCCCUUUGCGCUGCUGCUGGUGUUCCUAUUGUCCGUCUGUCCGUCUGUCGGCGUGUCGGAUAGCUCGCUAGUAUAUGCAUGGAAGGGAGGGAGAGCGUCGUGGUGAGUGGUUCUCCUGAAGUUGGAGGAGGAGAUGCGGGAGGGGCGGCGAAGGACUCUCCUUCUUCGACCCCAUCGCCAUCCCCGACUCCGUCCCCGCCUGCUGGUCCGGGAGCGGUGGUGCCGCCGGUGCCUGGCAUAGGGAUGGGGAUAGCGACGGGCAUGAGUACGGGCGUCGGGAGCGGCGGCGAGGAUCUUGCGCGGAAGAAGCGGGGGAGGCCCCGCAAGUACGGGCCCGACGGAAGCAGCAUGGCCCUGGCGCUGUCCCCCACCACCUCCUCCUCCCCUUUCUCUCCCGUCGGCGGAGACUUUUCCAGCAAACGGGGUAGAGGGCGGCCACCAGGCUCCGGCAAGCGCCAGCUCCUUGCAGCUCUCGGGGAGUGGUUUGCGUACUCAGCUGGAGGAAAUUUCACACCACAUGUUGUGACCAUAGCCACAGGGGAGGAUGUUGCUGCGAGGAUACUCUCCUUCUCCCAAAAGGGCCCGCGGGCAGUUUGCAUUCUCUCUGCUAAUGGAGCUAUCUCCAAUGUCACUCUACGCCAGCCAGGUUCUUCUGGUGGCACCUUGACAUAUGAGGGCCGCUUUGAGAUUCUAUCUUUAUCUGGCUCCUUCACAAUUACAGAGAAUGGUGGCGUACGCAGUAGAACUGGCGGGAUAAGUGUCUCACUUGCUGGCCCUGAUGGUCGUGUGGUUGGUGGAGGAGUUGCUGGAUUACUGCUUGCGGCCAGUCCAAUUCAAGUGGUCGUUGGGAGUUUCUUACCAAACACUUUUAAGGAGCAUAAAAGGAAGGCCAUCCAGGAACCGACCUACUCACCAAUUCCAACAUCUACUGGAGUAUUGACAACAGCAAGGCCCCUUUCUCAGGCAAAUCCUGAUGAUGAAUGUGAAACCCCGGCCUCGACGAUACCCGGGCAAAGCCAUGGAGAUGUGGAAAACAGCAUGAGCAGCAACCCCCCAAAUCUGAACUUCUCUUCUUUCCGGAUGGCAGGUUGGAACGGUCAGCAAUCAUCGGAGCACAAACCUUCUCCUGAUAUUAACAUAUGCUUACCCGGGGAGUAGAAUCAAGCUUCCUGUAUUGCACUCCUAACCCUAGCGUACUAUUCUAACAUGACCGAUUCUCUUGGUUAGGUGUUAGGCUAGUGACGCUUCAGCGAGUGUAAGAUGACGUGUGCUCUGAUGAUUGUUUGGGUUUUCUAUAUUAUUCUGAUGUCUCUGUAACCUUAGACCAAAAACUCUGGGUAUCUUUGUUGUUCUUGUAGUAGUCGUCGUCGUCAGGUCUUUCGUUGUUUAUCUAAUGACCAGUGUAUUGUCCAUGGAUCUUCUUCUCAAGUGGUUCAAGCUUAUGCAUCAGGUGGAAUUCAGUAA